CGAUAUCGGCCCCUCGGUGUGGGGGGCGCUGGCCUGGACAGGCGAGGCAGGGUCCCUCCGUGCGGGGCCGAGUCCCCGCUGCUAGGGGCAGGGGGCGGGGCCUGUCUGCUCCGGGUUGGGUAACUGUGGAGCCGCCCCAGCGGGAGCGCAGCGCCUUGGCCAGGCACCGCCCGCUGGCCGGGACCCCGCUCAGCCGCGCCCGCCCCUGCAGCGGUGGCUCCUGCAGCGAAGCCUGUUGAGGGGCUAAGAGUGGAAGUUGCUGCCCUAGAGCCAGAGCGACGCAGGAGUGGAAGGGACCGUGGUAGAGGGCCCAGUCCUGCCCCCUGCACUGAGGCAGGACCAGGUACACUUUGUCGAUGUCAAAAGUACUUCAAGGAGAAAGCCAUACCCAAGACAUUUUGCAUAUGAAUCUUGAUAAUGACAGAUCAAGAAAAAGAAAUUGGGGAUUGUUGGUCACUGGCAUUGUUGGUGGGACAUUGGUGGUACUGUAUGCUGUUGCCACUCCAUUCCUAACUCCAGCACUGAGAAAAAUCUGCCUUCCUUUUGUACCUGCAACUUCAGCUCAGAUUGAAAAUGUUUUGAAAACGUUAAAAUACAGAAGUGGCUCUCUGGUUGACAUAGGUAGCGGCGAUGGACGUAUUGUGAGUGCAUGUACGUGUAUAGUGUUGUUUACUGCUGUGCCCCUGGCCAAUUGUACAUUUAAUAUACAGGUGAUAGCAGCUGCAAAAGAAGGAUUCAAAGCUGUUGGUUAUGAAUUAAAUCCCUGGCUAGUCUGGUACUCCAGAUAUCGUGCUUGGAGAGAAGGGAUGCAUCAUAAUGCCAAAUUUUAUAUUUCAGAUUUGUGGAAGGUUAGCUUUUCCCAGUAUACAAAUGUUGUUGUUUUUGGGGUACCUCAAAUGAUGCCACAGUUAGAGAAGAAGCUUGAAGAAGAACUUGAUCACAAUGCCAGAGUUGUUGCUUGCCGUUUUCCUUUCCCACACUGGAUGCCAGAUCAUACUACUGGAGAAGGAAUAGACGUGGUGUGGGCCUAUGAUUCAAAAGCUUUCAAAGGAAAUGAAAAGACAUGCUCAGAAACUGUGCAAAAGAUGCAUUCUUUGUAAGAUUUCAGGUUAAAAAAUGUUGUUGGAACUAAUUUUAAACUUUAAAUAAAUAGUGACCGUCUGAUUUG